AUGUCGAAAAGACGGGUUGCAUACUACUACGAUCCUGAUAUCGGUUCAUUCUCAUAUGGAUUGGGCCAUCCAAUGAAGCCUCUCAGGAUGCGCAUAACCCAUAAUCUCGUAGCUGCCUACAACAUGUUGCCAGGUAUGGAUGUUAUACGGCCUCAUCGAGCGUCGCCUCUUCAGAUGACACGCUUCCACACGGAUGAGUUCGUAGACUUCCUUCAUCGGGUGACUCCCGAGACUGCAAUGGAUAUGACUGGUGGAGGAUCCAGAUUUCUCACUGGUGAAGAUAAUCCUGCGUUUGACGGUCUCUUUGAAUUCUGUUCGAUUUCCGCUGGGGGCUCUCUUGCUGCUGCUGACAGAAUUAACACCGGAAUGGCUGACAUCGCCAUUAAUUGGGCAGGCGGCCUUCAUCAUGCUAAAAGAGGAGAAGCAUCAGGUUUCUGCUAUAUCAACGACAUUGUUCUUGCCAUACUCGAGUUGCUCAGGUUGCACACACGUGUGCUGUAUAUUGACAUAGACUUUCACCACGGCGAUGGUGUUGAGGAAGCCUUUUAUACCACGGACCGAGUCCUCACCUGUUCCUUCCACAAACAGAAGGAUUGCUUUCCUGGGACCGGGAAAGUUGAAGAUAGAGGACUUGGCAAAGGGAAAGGCUAUGCGGUCAAUGUACCCUUCCUUCAAGGUGUUACUGAUGAAGAUUUCAAAAGCGUUUUUGAGCCAGUUAUUCAAUAUGUACUCGAUUGGUACCGGCCUGAUGCUGUUGUCCUGCAAUGUGGCGCUGAUUCAUUGUCAGGCGACAAGCUUGGAAGUUUUAAUCUCUCCAUGAAUGGCCAUGCAGACUGCGUUCGGUUCUUGAGGAAGGCGAAUGUGCCCCUUGUUCUCCUCGGAGGAGGGGGGUACACAGUCAGAAACGUCUCUUGUGUUUGGACAUAUGAGACGGCCUGCGCUAUUGGAAUCGACCGGGACCUCGAUCCGAAUCUCCCAUAUAAUGAGUAUCUCGAGUGGUUUGGUCCAAGAUAUCGGCUUGAGGUACAAACAAACAAUAUGUCAGAUGAGAAUGUGCAAAAAAACUAUCUGGAGAGCACUAAACAAGCUGUAUUAGAGAACCUUCGUGAUCUCCCAUUUGCUCCAAGCGUUCAGACGCAUGAAACACCCAGGCAUACUGCGGCUCAGUCCAUGGGACUAACUCCUGAUGAUCCUCUAGACGAAGAUGAGCUCGAUAUCCGGAUCAGACGUAUGUUAAAUUUAGCGUGA